UAUGGACAAUCUUCCUGUGCAGCAUCUGCACAUGUGGAAUUUUUAUUAAUACAUCCAUUUCCAUCCCAAACACAUUUUAGUGAAGUUUAUCCAGGUGUGCACUUAUCUUCUUCUAUGUCUUAACAAACUUCUGAAUAAUCUUAACAUUUUUCAUCCAUCCAUAUGCAUCCGCUUUUGAAACUCCUACCAUAUCUCAGACAAUCAUACAGAUUCAAAUAUACUCUAC